AUUAAUGUUAUCGCCGUGUACAGUACCAGGAGUAUAAAUAAACGAAGUGUGUACUUACGUUUAUUUAGUUGCGUCGGCCGUAACCGUUCGAAAAUGCGCCUCUUUAUAUUUGCACUAUGUGCUAUCUUUGCACGAACUGUGACAGCUGCAGCCAAAGAUACGGGUUAUGCUUUCCCGGAAAACUUCAAAUUUGGCGUCGCUACUGCUUCGUACCAAAUAGAAGGUGCGUGGAAUGAACAUGGUAAAGGUCCAAACGUAUGGGAUACACUCACCCAUCGAAUCCCGCCAUUUACGGACGACGCAAGCACUGGAGAUAUCGCCUGUGAUGCUUACCACAAAACCGUUCAAGAUGUGCAAAUCCUUAAAUCAAUGGGUGUAAACUUUUAUAGGUUUUCCUUGUCUUGGUCACGUCUUCUACCCCGAGGAUUCUCAAACUAUGUGAAUCCGGAAGGUGUUCAAUAUUAUAAUGACCUAAUUAAUGAACUGCUAGCCAAUGAUAUCACCCCAAUAGUAACCAUAUUUCAUUGGGACACUCCUCAAAAUUUAGAAGAGUUAGGAGGUUGGCCCAAUCCUAAAAUGGCCGACUUUUUCGUUGACUAUGCAAGAGUUGUGUUUGAUGCAUUCGGGGAUAGGGUUAAAGAGUGGUUAACUUUCAAUGAACCGAAUCAGAUUUGUCAACAAGGUUAUGCCACUGGCGGUAUGGCUCCUGCGCAUAAUACAAAGGAAAUGGGUGGCUAUUGGUGCACGCAUACGGUAUUAAUAGCACAUGGACGUGCUUACAGGAUGUAUCAGGAAGAAUUUAAGAGUAAGCAAGGUGGAAGGGUAGGUAUCACAAUUGACAAUCAAUGGAAUGAACCUUUGACAAAUUCAACCGAAGAUAAGGAAGCUGCAGAACGUGCUAAUAUAAUGAAUUUUGGUUGGUAUGCCAAUGCAAUCUUUUCUAAAAAUGGCGACUAUCCAUCAAUUCUCCGCGAACGUGUCGAUCAAUUCAGUGAAGAAGAAGGUUUCACCAGGUCUCGUCUGCCUUAUUUUACUCAAGAAGAAAUUGAGAUGAUCCGCGGCUCUCAUGACUUUUUCGGAUUGAAUCAUUACACCUCUCGAGUGGUAACAAACGAUGACGGCGAUCAAGGUAGACCAUCUCAUGAACACGACGUUGGAACACGUGGUGAAAUUGAUCCCAAAUGGGAACCAUCCGCUGCUGAUUGGUUAUACGUUGUUCCAUGGGGCCUAAGAAAAACUUUGGAAUGGAUUAAAGAAAACUAUGAUAAUCCUGAAGUUAUCAUCACUGAGAAUGGAUAUGCUGAUAAACAUGACGCUCCACUACGAGAUUGUGAAAGGGUCAAAUAUUACAAUUUAUACUUGGAAGAAGUUUUGAAAGCUAUCCAUGAAAGCAAUUGUAACGUGACUGCUUACACCGCGUGGAGUUUUAUGGAUAAUUUCGAAUGGCAACGCGGUUAUACUCAACGAUAUGGUUUAUAUCAUGUGGAUUUUGAGGAUCCAGAACGACCAAGGACACCAAAGAUGUCCGCCCACGUAUUUGCAAAUAUUAUUAAAACCAAGCGCAUCGAUUGGGAUUUUACUCCAAAGGAGUUCGAGAAAUGUGAAUGGGUACAAAUAGAAGUAAAGUCUGAAUUAUAAAAUACAAAAACCGUCAAAAACAAAAACUAUACAAUUUUUGCUAAUAAAUGACGUCCCAAAAAAUAAAUAUUAGUUCAUUUUUUGGACGAACAAGAUAAA